UAAAAACCAGCCCCCGCAGCGACCGCUGGAUUCCUUCCUCUCAUCUUUGAAAACGCGUUUUGAUUCAAAAGACCGCACGGAACAGCCCGGAGGCCGUAUAAACCCCCACCACCACCACCACCCCGACCUCCGCCUCUCUGUCCACCCCCCCUCUGCAGGACGCACAGUCUGACACACGUGUGUCUAAUUUAGAGGAGCGUCCUGCGCUGCGCCGCUGACAGCGCGGCGGUUUCCGUUACAAGGAAAUGAUGGAGAAGGAAAGUUUCUGACGCCUCUCCGUUUUUGUUGGGACUGUCCGCAGGAAAACCGGAGAUCGUUUUCGCUUUCGGCGGUUCGCUCGUCCUCACAAGACUGAAAAAUCUGUAUGGAUUCGGGAUUAAAAGGGUCUCCGACACUGAAAUGUCUCAGGAUUGGAAAUGCAGCUCCACGCCUGUCUGUUGCUUUUUAUUAUCACAACAGAUAAAACAUUGGCUUUAUCCCACCACCACUGUGGUGGCAAUGUCAGCCUGGACCAAGAAGAUCCUGCUGGUCACAUCAACCUCACUUUACCUGGACUUUUUACUGACGCUAACAGGCUCAACCCCAUGAGCCACCAGUCUGACAAAAACCUUUCUCGCUGCACUUGGAUGAUAGAUGUUCCUCUGGGAAGGACGGUACUUUUAAAGGUAGUGUGGUUGGAAAGUGGUUCGAGCGUAUCAGUGCUGUGUGUUUGGAAAGAGGAAGAUCAUAAUCAGGUCCUGGAGAGCGGGGGGACAGCUCUGCUCUCCGGCUGUGACAGAAACAAAGCCACCCUCACGUGGAGCGGACCAGGACACUCUUCAGAUGAAGUUCAACUGUCCUACUAUGUCCAGGAAGAUGAGAGGAAUUCCUCGGAGGCCCGCACCAGCCCACGUUCCGACCGAGACCACGAACGCUGGUCUCAGACAGGAACCAGCUUUACAAGCCUAACUCCUGUUAGUCAAGAGGGGGUGAGCAGGACAGAGCGGGUCAGAGGUCGCCUCUACGAGGGUCUGGAAUCGAGUCCUGGGCUUCAGUCUGUGUCUGGCCCCUCCUCUCCGGACCAGGGGCUGCCGCACCCUACCUCACCCCUGCAGGGACUCACAGCGGCUGGGAGAGUCGAUAGGGAAACUCUCCCUCUUCCUGAGGAAGCACCGAACAAUGGAGCGGAUACAUCUGGUGCUGUUCACCUCACCGAUGGUCCCAUAUCUGCCAGAGAGCGAACACACCCCUAUUUUCAGCAUAAACUCCAUACAGACACACCAAACACAGAGACAAACUCCAGCAACGCGCUCCCUCAAACCCAGAUGGCACUGACAGAUGCAACAGCCACCAGCUCCAUCUCUUUUCUUGGCGCAGGCACAUCCAAACAUGAAAUCAGUCACACAUCUAAACACACAGACAAACAUACAGCCACACAAGCUCCCCCCACUCUGCCCAGCUCCACCGUCUUGCCGCUCACCUCCUCUCCCUCUGAGCUCCCUCUCCUGACAACCCAGGAUGGAGCUGUUAGCGGGACACCUGGAGAAAAACCGUCCCACUCCUGGAGGAGCCAGAGAAGCACAGACAGACUUGACUCCGAUCUGACCUCCGCCAUCACCUCUGACCCUUUGACGUCACCCACCGUGCCUUCACAGGAUGACCCCACCGACGUGCAUGCCGAUACCGCACCUACCGACUCGUCUACAUCCUCACAGGCUCCCACCGAGACUCAUCAGUCAUCCUCCACCCGCAUCACAGAGCCGGACGCUGCUGUUAGUACUGUGGUGGCGGCGGCGGCGGUGUCAUUUCAUCCCAACGUAAACCGGACUGACUCUUUUGAAUCUGCUGCAUCAGACGUUUCCAGUGAAACGGCUGCAUUAGACGACACAGUAAAGCUUCACACUUCUUCCACACAGAGUCAAACAAACUCUCCACAAAGCACAGAGAGCCUCACACACACUCCUCACACAUCAUCCUCCACAUUCACACAGACACAAACAACAACACAAAGUACACAAAGAGACUUCAGUAGUGCACACACGACUACAAAGACCACUCCUUCCUCUCCUGUCGUUACCAAAGCUGGAGACCGCACUUCAAGUUUCUCAGAUUCAUCGUCUACACCCAGUGUGGCACCGACAUUAGGAAAUGUCCAAAACUCAGCUGCCACAGGAGCUACUACUGAAACCUAUACACUGCGUCCCACUUACACACUGUUACAUGAAAACUCACCCACAAAUUCACAGACUCCCAUUCCUCCUUUGCCAUCCAGUACAUCCUUACACCACUCUGCAACUUUAUACACACUCCAAACACACACUGCUGUUUCUGGUAGUUUACACACCACUCUCACACCCAGCUCUAUCGCUGAAUCCACCACACAUGCAGAUCAUGAAACUGUGCCUACAUCCUCUCAAGCAUCAACAAUCAAAUCUACUUCUCCACACACACCUUUGCUGUCUUCUACUAACGUCCCUGCUACACAUAAACAGCCCCACAACUACAUUACUACUACACAUACCUCUGUGCUCUCUGACCAAACUACAAAAUCAGAUAAUGGAGAUGAUGAGUCUUGGCAGUGGUUUCCUAGCAUCACAACCACACACACUCCCACAGUUGGACCUACACAGCGACCUCCACCCAGGACAACCCCAGAUCCCAGUCAGGAGAGCCAUGUGGCGCUCACACCUUCUGCCUUAACCUCUGCACCCACUUGGACUUCCACAACUAGUCGGACACCCAAGUUCUACAUCGUGCCAGACCAUCCUGCAGCUGUUAGAGUGGAGUCCAUCGAGCUCCUGCUGCAGAUAAUUGUAGAAGAGUCUAGAUCGGCUCUCACCGCUGGCUUGGAGGAAGACACCGCGGCCUGGAUGGAGCCAUACCUACAGAAAGCUCCAGGCUUUAGCAGGCUCCUGGGCGUCUGGAGCAGUGGCCAUGCAGUGCAGAGUCUGGUGGAGUUUAAAACCAGCGCAGCUCUGCAGUGGCUCAGCAUGACAGGACCCACAUCGCUGUUAGAGCGAACAGGACUUGCUCAGGCAGUUCGUGAGGGGAGGGGGUUCAGAUCAUCCAAGAUCACCAACAUCACACUGGGAGGUCUGCAGGGUGAUGUGUGUGACUGGUUACUGCAGUGUCCAGCAGGCUACAAAUGUAUGUCCCAGCCUGGAACUGCAAACUAUAGCUGUUCGUCUCUCUGUCAUUUUGACUACUGCCACCACCACGGCAUCUGUACACACCACCCAGGCCAACUUCCAGUUUGCCGCUGCCUUGUGGGGGAGGACUUCUGGUACAUGGGUCAGCGGUGUGAUGUGAGGAUGACUCGAGCACGACUUGUGGGCACAUGUCUUGCCAUCUUACUCGUUAUGGUGACAGUCAUCGCCGUUUUGGCCUUUGUGGCGGUGCGACGCUACCGAGCCAUUCUGAUCCAGGCCAAAGUCGAUCAGACUCGCAGCAGUUAUCGCAAGUUCAACCAUUUUGAUGAGCUGUCAGGUCGGUUCUGGCUGCGUUCAUUGCCAGGAUCCGCAGACUCGUUAGACAACCCUGCCUUUACACGCUCUGAUGAGUUACUGCACCUGCGGGCACUGGACCGCCCAUGCUGUUACCACGACGACACACUGUCACUAGCCUCUACCUGCCCCAGCCAUGGAACACACAUCAAUACAAUCUAUCCACACAGCUCUCAGUAUGGAUGGAGGGGAAGUGAAAUGAGUAUGGGUGACGGUGUGUUGGACUCAGGUAAGGCCAGUGACCUCUCAGUCUGUAGCUGGCCUGUGGAGCCCAUUCAGUGGACUCCAUUCCCACUUCUACAGCAACUGGCUUCCCACAGGACACCCACAGUGAGGGUUUCAAGGCCACGGUCCUACUGUGAGGGCAUGGAGCUGGUAGACCUGGGGAAGAGCUGGACUGCCUGACACACGUAAAGAAGAACCAAAUCUGUUCUGACACUGGUAUUUGCAGCUCAUUUUGCAUUGUAAGGCUCAAGUAUUUGUUUUUUUAAUAAAAAAUAUGGAACAGUAAGUGUAAAUAUGUAUAAGUGUAUAUACGUUUUUGUUAAAUUGUCGCCACAUUUCCUGUUUGAAUCUGUUUCUGAUACGGUAAAGUUUUAAAAACAAAGAGGCUGUCCUAAUGUCCAUGGCUAAGAGUCCUAUAUAAUUCUUGAAUAAACAUAAAUCUUACUCAGGAAAAGAAUACAUUUAUUCUAUUUUCAAACACUGAAAAAUGCAAGUCAUUGUGCAUUUAAACUCACUCAGCUCUCCACUCUGAGAUCAUCACUUAACAAGGCAAAUUUAUUUGUAUAGCAUAUUACAAACACAAAGUUAUAGUUCUGUGCAUAAGGAAAACAGAAAAAACAACAGUUUGCACAAAGUACACCAUGAACCAUUAAAACACAAGUUAGGGCAAAAAGAAAGUCUAUGCUUUUUAUUCUUUAAAGAUAAAAACAGAAGUAAAUACAAGAUAGAUCACAAUGUAUUGAUGCAUCACUACCUCUUUUGUGUUUGUAUGAAGAAUAUAAAGUAAAUGUUGCUAAAAACUGGAAACGGGAAACAUAUUAAACAAAUGAAGUAGAAAUGCCUUCAUCAGUGAACCUCAGAGGUGUUGGUAGGGGAAUUUUGUUCUCCUUGCUCAGAGCCAGGCCAGGUGUUUCUCUUUGUUUUCCAGUCUUUGUGCUAAGCUAAGCUAAACAGCUGCCGGCUGUAGCUUCAUAUUUACCUUAAACAAAAAAGCCAAUUUCCCAUUUCUCCUUUAAAAUUUAGUCAAAUGCAGCAACCUGGAUUUAAAGGUAGUCAAAGCUGGGUUAGUUUUAUACACUAGAUUAGAACAGAAAUUUAUUUUCUACCAAAGUAGGAUAUUUUUCUCUGGCAGUUCAUUAAAACAUACACACCCAGAAAAAGAAAUAACUCAUUGUUUUGGUUUUUCAGUCCACAACUUUAGUGUUUUGGCUCAUUCUCACUACUCCUGUAGUGUUGUGUUUUUGGCUGCAGCAGGCAGCUGUUUUCAACAACAACAGAAAAGAGCUCUAAAAAACCACUGUACAUCCAGCAGCAAACAAAGUUGGUGACUGGUUGAUGAACACAGUGACGGCAGUUAAAGAGCCACGUUUCCCUCAGUAGUAAAACGUUUUGGCAGACAGCCAGGAACAGGACUCCAAAUUUAUGUUUAUAUAUGUUUCUAUAUCUGCUGUAAAUGUAAAUAAACAACUGUUUGCUAACAAGUUCACCGUAUCAUCAAGUGGCCCAAAAAAAAUCUGUUUUCAAGAAAGAAAACAACGAUUUAUAAAGACUUUGAGUGCCUAAGAAUUGCUCAAGCUAACUGCCUGCAGGAUUAAUAUCUCUUUGUCCUUCCAAAAUAUCUUCUAGAGUUUCCAGCCAAGGCUGGAUUACCAGCUGGGCUAAACAGGCCACUGUCCUGGGGCCCCAGACCUCCAGGAGCCCCAAAAACCUAAGGUUGUUGUUUGUACAUAAUUUGAUUACUUGCAGAUUUGUUUAGGAAUAUACACAGUAUAAGUGUGGUGCAAGUAAGGUGUAUCCUGCAUUAUUACUCCUUGUCCUGUCAUAGAGAGGGCCCCAGUGUUAUAAAGUUGUCAUGAGUCUUGAACAGGUGAAUCUAGCUGGAGCUAGACCGCAGAGGAGUAGUUACACAUAUCUGAGAAUUAGUGUGAUAUGUUCACUUAUCUUUGAGUUUUAUAACAUUUUCAGUUCACAUACAUUCUUCCUCUCUCUUUCUCACUUGGUGCACAGACACACACAUUGCGCCAGCCACACCUUCUGUCAGUGCUGUAUGAAACUCAACUGGAAUGCGAUGCCAUAAAUGACUGGGAAAUACUGGUAGAGAGUGAAAUAGUCAAAAUAUGUACGCUGACCUCAUGCUGCACUACUAUAAUUGUCCCUGUCCUGGGAAAAUGAAUAAGGGAGUGAUUGAUUUGGGAGAGGGAGGAAACGUGGCGAAUAAAGGAAGCUAGUGAAUGUGUGUAAAAGAGAGAGAGAGAGCGAGCUGGAGAUAGGGAGAGGGAUGAGUGAAAAGUGGACAGAAGCUACCUGCUAGCUUCUUCCAUAUACGGUCUUAGUCAGAGCCGAGAGCCAGGCCUGAGAGUUUCUCUGACAGUGCGGGAGAGCAAUGCAGGGAGGGAGUGCGUACGUGUGUGUGUGUAUGUGUGUGUUGUAAUGCAUGCAUGAGUCAUGCUGAGUUUUGAAAUGGCUUGAGGAAUGGCAUGAGUGUCCAGAGGAAACAAUGAGAAAUUGUUGUCAGGGAGGAGUUAGUGAGAACAAAAAAAAAAAGAUAGAUAAAUCUGUGAAUAUGGACGAAGAAGACAGAAAUCAAGGUGGAAAGUGGCAAAAUAAGGCAACAUGCACAUUCACAUACACACAUACACACACUGCCUUAAAAAGGGAGAUUCAUUCAUUUCCUCAGACUGGUCACAUGACCUGAGCAGUGCAUUCUUCCCCCCCAUGUGACUCGCUCCAAUAUCUCCUUAUAUGGACGUCAUCCAAAGGAACUCUUAAAGGGAUGGUUGUCCUGCCCUGGGUCUAAGCUUGGGGUGUGUGUGUGUGUAUGUGUGUGUGCGUGUGUGCGUGCGUGUGUGUAUGUGUGUGUGUGUGCUUAGUGUCUGUCUAGAGCAGGAUAAUGCUGGUCUGAAAAUCCAAUUCCCUGAUCAGCUCAGUCUAUGUUGUCCUUAGCUGCUCCAUACCUGAUGUCAUAUAGACAUGUGUGGGGUUGUAGGUCAGUGUGGUCACUUCCUGUGUGCAUCUACAGAAGUGAGGCUCUGUGAAACCUACUUCCUGUCUCUUUUGGUGAGCCGGCUCCCAUAUAUCCUUAUUAGGAACACAUAGAGCCAGUGAGAAUUCCUAGUGUAAGUUUAUGAGUCUUUGUCCGGUGCCCUUAUUGAGUUAAAACGGCACCCUGACCCACCCACUUAGUCUCUGGUCAAUUUAUAUGAAGAGCUGUGAAAGAAGAUUUCCAAAUGUGUGUUCUGAAAAACAAAUGUAACGUCUAAAUGGCUAAACCGGUAUUUCAGGUUAGAGAUUUUCAGUUAAGUUGUGAAACACUUGGCGUGUACAAUGAACAGGUGUGUACACGCACAUCAAAAUGAGUCAAACUCGUGGGAUAAAGAUUUCGUAAUGGGCCUUCUGGUUUGUUUUUGACACCAAAUAUUGGUAUGUCCUGGGGAUUACACACCUGUCCAUUACAUCUAACUUAGGUAAGCAGGUGACCUGCCCUCUCCACUCAUUUAAACAUUAUCAGGCAAGUGAUGAGAGAGAAGAGAUUUACAGCCCCCCAAGUGUUUGCUGUAAACAUACCUCAGCUUGAGCACAUGUAUCACUGCCACUUUGCUCAGCAUGAGUGUGUGUGUGUGUGUGAGACAGUGGUAUGCCAAGGGCAGACGUGUUAGUCGGGGUGUUAACAGUGCUGUCAAUGACCCUGAGAUUGUAGCCACCCCAUGUCCUGGCACUACUAACCACAACUGUGAUGAAUGAGAAAAUUGUGCUUUUCAACAGAAGCAUUAGCAGUCCUCAGUGCAAUCUAGCUCUGGAUUCCAGAGUCCCCUUUGUCCUUCAUUUAAAUUAAAUAGAUUAUGGAUAUGUUUGUCUAUAUUCUGCUCUUAGCUAUUCUUGCCGUGCACAAAGAUACAGAACAGAAGACAACAGCGUUGGUUUGUUUAAUUAAAUGUGGUUAAGAGUUUGCUUAACCAUGGCACAUGGGCAUGUAGGCCCCUUCCCUGUUUGAAUGAUGUCAGGGAUUACAACUAAUAUGAAUUACACCAAAAUUAGCUCAAUGCAGCAAUACCAAAAAACAGAGAAACAAAUAUUUAAAAGUCUGCUGCUUACUUCAGUACCAUGUUGUGUUUUACAGCAAGAGUUCUGUGAUUUGUUGCCCAUAUGUGUGUCACACUUGUACAUCAUCGCUAUUAUGAUCAUAGAACUGAUUAAGAAAACGAUAGAAAUGUGUUUUAUUGAGCCGUGAACAAGCCCAGAUUGAUCAUUUUGAUAGUAUAUAGGUUAGUUUCCAUGUCGCUUGGCCCCCCUGUCUUGUCAGAGCGCAGAGCAGUUAUCUGCAUGCGCCACACCCAGUGGAUGCGGCAGGACCAAUCAGAGGCCGCCGUGCGGAAAGUUCUCCUUUUAUGGAGAGGGGCUGCAGCGAGAGCUCCGAUAAAACCCUGCAAUUGACUGGCCUCCAUUGCAGUCAAGUUCAGACACUAAACCCUACCGGAGUGUAGCGCUCAGUCCAGUCCUUCUAAGCCGAUAACCCUCCCUCACACAG